CAUGCUAAAGCCGUCUUGCUAAAUACCUUCAAGGCAAUUCCGCAGUUGCAUCAACAUGUAUGAAGAUGUCAAUCAUGUCUUGACUUCCAUGAUGUAGGUAUUUAUAUAAUUAUAGUGAGUAUCGUGCUUAACUAGAACUUAGUAGUUAGUUACCUAGGUAUCUAGGAGGCACAAGAGCAGUCUCAUAUCCCUCCUCUCGUGUUCUUUCCAUUUGGAAUUCUGUAUAUCCUGAUUUUAAGUACCUACCUACCUACCUAUCUAUCUGUAUUAUGUGAUCAGUCUACGCCCCAAUGUCCCGCACUCUUUCACGGUUAGCAUUGAGAAAUAUCUCACAAUCACGGUCGAUCGCGAUGUCGGCGACACAGACGCAGACACAAACACACACACAACCCAAGAGAGAGGGUAACAUAGCUGAUUCCUUUGUAUCGUUAUCUGGGGGAGCAAGAGAGCCUCUACCUCGACGGUUUCUCGAUCUCAAACAAACUCUGGUUCAUGGUCAUGAAGACCGAGUAGUCAGUAGCUGGAAUAGACUUCUGGCCGAGCUUAAGCGUGAGAACAAGACUAUCGUCGAGAAAGGUCCUAGGAUUAUUCCCAGUCUCGAUUUUAAGGACCUAGAUGCAGACCUUGCUAGGUUUCGCGAUGAGAUUAAGAAGCGAGGUGUUGCUGUCGUCAGGGGAGUACUUCCAGAAGGCGAGGCCCGCUCGUUUAAGGACGAAAUAGAGGAAUAUGUGAGGCAAAAUCCUCAUACAAAUGCAUUCCCUCCGGAUAAUCCGCAGGUAUACGAGUUAUAUUGGUCGGCGCCUCAGCUCCGCGCUAGGUCACAUCCAAACUUGCUACGAGCUCAGGCGGCGCUCAUGAAGCUAUGGCACAUGUCUGACCCCAAUAGUGCCAUAUCAAUGUCGCAGCCUUUGGCUUACGCGGACCGCCUUCGUAUAAGACAACCCGGCGAUGCCACCUUUGCGCUGGGUCCACACGUCGACGGGGGUAGCGUAGAAAGAUGGGAGUUGAAUGGCUAUGGUCUUGGAGGAGUAUACGAUAAGAUAUUCGAUGGCUCGUGGGAAGACUUCGAUCCGUGGGAUGCUAGUGCGCGUGUGCCUGCCGUCAUGGAUAAUUAUAACGGGCUAGGUGCCGCCUCGAUGUUCCGUAUGUUUCAAGGUUGGCUCAGUAUGAGCACUACGAAUCCGUUCGAGGGGACUCUUAUGGUGAAUCCCGCGAUGAAACUUUCGACGGCGUACUAUCUACUUCGUCCGUUCUUUCAGCCGGUUAAAGGUGUCAACCAGGUCUUCCCCGAUGAGUAUCUUGCUGCCGAAAACUGGAAAUUUACCGGUUCCGAAAUGACGAGCGAGCUUCAGGGGGCGACUCCCGGGCACGGACAAGAGUUAGACACAGUUCUUCAUCCGCACCUAGAUCUGGACAAUACCAUGGUGCAUGUCCCAUCCAUUAAGCCGGGCGACUACGUGGUGUGGCACUGCGACACUAUUCAUGCCGUCGACAAGGUACACAAGGGUGAUUCGGAUUCGAGCGUAUUGUACAUCCCAGUUUGCCCGGUGACGGAGCUGAAUUCCAAAUAUAUCGCCCGUCAGAGAGCUGCGUUCUUAAAUGGUACUCCUGGUCCAGACUUCCCCGGCGGUCGAGGUGAGGCCGAUCAUAUAAACAGGCAGACGGAAUCAUCCCUUCGUUCAUAUGCUUCUGCUGAGGGCCUACGUGCUUUUGGUUUCGAGAAGCUUGUCCCAGCUGAGACGGACACUAAUGGAGCAAAGAAUGUUACUUCGUUAGCGAAUGAAAUCCUAAGCUUCUAGGCUCUUGUCUCAACUCAGCUACCUUAUACCCAGUACCUACCUAGGUGCCUAAGUACCCAGUACUAUGCGCUGCCUAGGUAUGUAGGUACCUGGGUCCUAUGUAGGUGGGGAAUCGAGCGACCUCUUUACUCUUUACUGCCGACAAACUAUGGUGGUUAUAGGAGGCUCUGCGUUAUAUCUCCGAUGGCGGUACUCUUUCCCUAAUGCAGAAGGUACGCAGACUGAGAUAUAUGUAAAUAAUGCUGCCAUAGGUCUUGGCUGCUAUCUUGCAGCUACCUACCUAGUAGGUAGUACACAUGUCUUGUGUUAUUGAUGUCUUAAGUGUAAAUAUUUUAUGAAACUGGUUCUGGCUAGGUACGGUAGUCUGUCCUUAUUAAUCCGUUCGCUUGUGAUCGAAGUCCUGCUGGUUGGAGAAGAUAUUAAGGAGUCAGAGUCAGCUCUAGGUGUGAGUAUUA